AGGUGCGCGCGUGGCUCCCGCUGCGCAGGAACAGCUGGUGCCUCGGAAGGCGGCCGGCGAGCGGACAGGCGUGGGGUGCUGGUGGCCGGCCGCGCCACGCUGCAGGAGCAACCGCCUCCGCCUCGCACCACUGCACCAUGGCCGGCCAGCUGGAGCGUUGCGAGCGCGAGUGGCACGAGCUGGAGGGAGAAUUUCAGGAACUGCAGGAUAUUCACAGGAUCUACAGGCAGAAGCUGGAGGAGCUGACCGCACUCCAGACUUCGUGCAGCAGCUCCAUCAGCAAGCAGAAGACACGACUGAAGGACCUGAAGCGCACGCUCCAGAGGUACAAGCGCCACACCAGUCGGGAGGAGGCAGAGCUCAUUCAGCAGUUGGGCGCCAACGUCAAGGAGCGGCAGAACGUCUUCUUUGACAUGGAGGCCUACCUGCCCAAGAAGAACGGGCUCUACUUAAAUCUGGUUCUCGGCAAUGUGAAUGUGACCCUUCUCAGCAACCAGGCCAAAUUUGCCUACAAGGAUGAGUAUGAGAAGUUCAAGCUCUACCUGACCAUCAUCCUGCUCCUGGGUGCUGUGGCAUGUCGAUUUAUCCUUCACUACAGGGUGACAGACGAAGUCUUUAACUUCCUGCUGGUAUGGUAUUACUGCACCCUGACGAUUCGGGAGAGUAUUCUCAUCAGCAACGGCUCGAGAAUCAAAGGCUGGUGGGUGUCUCACCACUACGUGUCCACGUUCCUGUCUGGAGUGAUGCUGACCUGGCCUAACGGACUGAUUUAUCAGAAGUUUCGCGAUCAGUUUUUAGCGUUCUCCAUUUUCCAGAGCUGUGUCCAGUUCCUGCAAUAUUAUUACCAGAGGGGCUGCCUCUACCGGCUGCGGGCCCUAGGGGAGAGGAAUCACCUGGACCUCACGGUGGAAGGAUUUCAGUCCUGGAUGUGGCGAGGCCUCACCUUCCUUCUGCCCUUCCUGUUCUGUGGCCACUUCUGGCAGCUCUACAAUGCCAUCACGUUAUUUGAGCUCUCCAGCCACGAGGAAUGCAGAGAAUGGCAGGUGUUCGUGUUGGCGCUUACGUUCCUUGUCCUCUUCCUCGGCAACUUCCUGACCACACUCAAAGUCGUGCACACCAAACUCCAGAAGAACAGAAGCGAGGCCAAGAAGCCGUGAGCCACGGGGCCGGCGCCCCUCGACCCCCGGACUUUGAGACUGCAGGGGAUCCCAGGCGACACCCUCGCUGCCGGGUUCCUCCCAACCAGUGCCAGUGGCCACUGGCAGCAGUGACCUCAGGGGCCAGCGGCAUCGCUGGGAGCAGAGCCGAGGCCCCGGUCCCCGGCCGGACAAGAGGAAUGUGACCCCAACCUGUCCGUGCAGUAUUAGCCCGUCCCAGCCUCCCUAUUUAUGACAUAUUUAAUAUCGGCGCACCCCCUUCCCUAGAAUCUGCCGCCCUCUUACCCCGCUGCUCUCCGCGAGACUGCGUCAGUCUUCCUGGGGGGUGGGGGAGGCUUAGCCUCAGGGUCCCCCUCUGUCCCCCAUCCUGUCGUUUGAGCCCUUCAGGUUGGGCUUCGGACGUGCCUCGCUGGGGUUGGGUUUCCGCUGACCUGCUACUUACUGAGUCCCAGGCGGGUGGAAGGAAGCCCUUCCGUGUUCCGGGGAGCCGCCCUCCCCGGGGCACCGCUUCUGCCGUAAGCUCCCGGCCUCCGCGCGUGCGCCGCGCGGGUGUUCAGGUUCUCGGAGAACCGCUGUCCGUGUCUUUGUGCCUCGUACUCUUUGUGCUUCCUGAGUCUUCAGCCUGCUGGCCGCCAGGUGGCCCUGCCUCCCACAGGCCCAGGGCUUGGCCUGAGGCGGGAGGGUUUUCUGAGGGUCACCACCAGAGGGCGCCCCUGCAUCGUCUGGCUGGUGUGAGGGCUAUUUUUUUUUUUUCCUCUCAAAGUUUGGGUCCACUUUUGGGGGCUUCAUGACUCCCACCCCUCAGCCCACCUUCCCAGAUUCUCUCCGUGAGCACUCAGGGCGUGGGGUCAAGCCCCUCGGCAAUGGUUGGGACGUAAGCCAGCGUGGAGGUCACCCACGCUCAGGCUUCCUCCCUUCACCUCAGAGCUUCUGGACCGUGGGGGGCGUCUGAGCAGGCUCACUUCGAGGCGGCGGCCACACUCUAGAGGCCAGGGCAGGUCUGUUGGUCACCUCACGUUAGGUUCUGUAUCUGUGGGGAGGGUGAAGAAGCGAACAGUUUGGCUACAUUUUCUGCGUCUUCUCAUAUGAGCCUCAGCCGUCCUUAACGACUUACUUAGAAAUCCCUGUCGACCAGAGUACAUAGAUGGUGUCCCUAAUCAUGCUCUGGGUGUCAAAGGGGUUUAAACUUUUAAAGUAUGAAAUUUCCCCUCCCCUCCCCUCCCCCCAGUAAGAUUCCACAUAAAAAUCCAGAUUUCCACUUUCCCUAGAGAAAUGGAAAGAUCUAGAAACAUUCCCACAGAGCAGCAUCUAGCUGGGCUGAGCUGCCUUGUCUAGGGUGGGGUGCUUGCUUUCUAAUUUGCCACAGGCCCCACCACUCCCUUUCAUCCCUGCCCUACUUCACUCAUUUGGGUCUCCCAUCUGGCCCCUUAGGCACUUGGGUUUGCCCUAGACUAGGAGUUGGCGAACUUUUUCUGUGAAGAGCCAGAUGGCAAACAUUUUAGGCUGUGAGGGCCAGAUGGUCUCUCACUCUAGUCUAGUCUGCAACUGGAGGGCAAAAGCAGCCAACGCGUAAACGAAUGGGCUGUUUUUCACUAAAACUUUAUUUACAAAAAUAAAGAUUUGGCCCACAGACUGUGGUUUGUGGACCUCUGUCCGAGACCAUCAUUUGUCCACGGAGCCUUGGACCGAAUGCUCUCUUGAUUCCCCAGGACGCGGCAGGGCCUUGGGGAACCUAGGUGGGGUGGGGUAGACUUCAGAAGUCUCUUUCUCAGGCCUAGUGGGCGCUGAAGCACUGGGCAACGGAGGAGGCUGAGGCAGGAGAUACCGGGGAUGGCAGGACCACCUGAAGCCAUUAUCUCAUCUUAGGUAACGCUGAUCCCUGGGCUUACUCAGGAGCCACCAGCUCUCAAUCUCUGGGGCAUCAGAAUCACCUGGGGCACUUGUUUCAAAACUCUUGGGCCCCUGACCCCAGACCUUCUAGGAGGUUCAGUGAAUCUGCACUGGGGGUUAAUCAAGUCUGUUCUCGCAGGAGGCCAGGAUGGCCUUGGUUCCAGAUCUCCACAUCUUGGCAGAAUUGGAGGCUGUGAGAGACGGGAGCUCGAUGACUCUUUAAAUGAGCCAGUGCCGUCCUUCUGCAGACAGUCUGUAGAGAGACCUGACUUGCCCAAGAUCACUCGGAGCUGGUGUCACUUUUCAUCUCGGGUUUCUGGCAAGUAGUGGCGAGCGGAGGGGUUGCAGGUGAGGAGACACUGAGCGAGGGUCACAUGGAUCAGCCAGAUAAUACUUUUUGCUUUUUGAGAGAGGUUCUUCUCUGCCUCACGUGCGUCCAGCUCUGGAAAGAUGGCGGCCAAGCCGAGGGCUGAGACUUAAGUCCUCUGUUUGGCAGGGAGGAGGGAGGGGGCUGGUGCCGGCCCCCCACGUUUGGGGCUGGGGCCUGUGUUCUUGUGAUAGGCCUCGGUCCCAUCCUGGUGCCUGAGUUCCUGCGGGGAGGAAGCAAGAAGCUGGAGGAUGCAGCCGUGCCUAUCUCAGGAAACCAGGGAGGCGGGUGACUGGGGAGAGCAGGCUUGGGGGCCGUGUGGAACGCUGCCAAGUCCACAUUUAUCCUCAUACCAGACGUCAUUUCUCAUCUCAAGCACAGGCUUUGAGGACCUAUUGGGUGUGCAGAAGGGGACACACAGCUGGGGGUUGGUAGUGAUGAGGGCACUCCUGAGUCCUGGGGACAAAUGCUAGUUCCAGGGUACAGAGGGACUGAGUCCAGCACCCUCGCUCACCACCACCAUGCAGGCUGGAGGGGAGCUCGUGGUCAGAGCCCCAGCUGGGAAAGGAGAGAGUUCCAGAAUGUUCCAAGAGCCUGGCCACAGGCUCCAGACACCAGGCCCUGGAGACGCCCGACUCCGAGUGCCCUUCGAGAGCUGGGGAGGGUGCAGGAUCCGGGGAGUAGUCUGGAGCUGGGGACCUGCGUCCUCUCAGUUCUAUCGUGAGGGCCGUGGGCCCCGCCGGGAGGUGUCAAAGCAGCAGGCACAGGCGGUGUUGUUUCUGCCGCUGUGCUUUCUUCAGAGCACUGAGGGCAACUUUGGCGGCCUCUCGGAAGACGUCCUCCACGUUCUCCCGAAACUUGGCAGAACAUUCCAGGUAGAGGGCAGCUUGGAUCUGUUCGCAGGCGCUCUGGCCCUGGUGGGGGGAGGGGCCGCGAUUAGACGAGGGGCCUGGAGCAUGCGGUCUCCUGUGAGACCCCUCACAGAUUUGGGGGCUUGCUGGGGGCGGAGGCCUCGGUGUGGGGAUGCUUCACCCCAGGGCCAGCACUCCCCAGUGUGUGCGGAUGGACCAUGAAGGCCAGUGUGGUGUGGCCUGUGGGCUGUAGCUGCUGGGAGCUCUGUCCUGGCCUCCUGCCCACGCUUCCCCUGAACUCAGGCAGAGACGGGGGCUGACUUCAGCCGAGAACUGGGGUGGUGUGUUGUGUCUGCCAGGCCUGUGAGGAGAGUUGAAGGCCUCAAGACAAAAGGGCUUCCUACGUGCUUCUCUCCCCUGCUCUUCCCGAAAGCGCAGUUAGGGCAACUGAGCUGGCUAUUAGAGUAAAAACAGUAUUUCUAACACAAAUUUAUUAAUGCCUGUUCCUUUUUAUUAAACUUCAUUAGUUUUC